AUGAGCAGCGUCGUCGUGCUCUCGCAGCUUGUGCACCCGGCGUUCAAGAGUAUCGCUCGUCGCGACGUGGUCGUGUGGAAGCGGGCGCGCCUCGAGUACGAGACUUCCAUGCGGCGCGAGUGUCAACGAAUCAGCCAGAGCUACGCAGCGACGUGUGUUGCGGUCCGCGACUCGUUCGCUCCAGCGGGGUUUCUCGAGUUUCUCAUGAAGACCAAGUGGGGCCUUUGGGACGACUUCAACUUGCUGGACGUGCCCGACGACAAGCUUUGGGAAGCGAUCAACGGCAUCAUCGACAAGGGGACGAACAAGGCGGUGCUCACGUACGACAAGGUUUUCAUCUCGCUCGCCCUCGACCACAACGAAGAAGAUAUCGACGAGCGGGUCAGCAGCUUUGUCUUCAAGGCCUCUCAACUGAUUGAAGAGCAUGGCCUCAGCGAGAAGCUCGAGAACGGCAAGCUCAAGGCCAAGAUCUUUAAGGCGCUUGUCGAACGGAUCCGUCCCCAAGAACUGCAGACGGACGUGAAGCAGCUGCUCGAUGAGAAGAUGGCGGUCAAGGCGCAUGCUGGCCUCAAGCACCUCGGGAAAAUCAUCUUGAAGCGAGCGCUUCUCUACAAGUCGUGGAGCCCCAAGACAAAGCGUCUUCGCGACAAGGAGUCGUCCGACGGAGAAGAAGAGCAGCAAGGUGAACGCAAAACGAAGAAGAAGCGCGAGUUCAAGCAGAGAUCAAGCAAGCCACCAGUGCAGAAGGACAGCAAGGACGAAGACAAGGAACGUCGGUGCUGGCACUGCGGCAGCAAGAAGCACAAAUUGCGAAACUGCCCGAGUGCAAACGCGAAGCAGAAGGAAGUUGCCGUCAAGAAGAACUGGAAUGGCGGUCGUCGCGGCGGCGGCAGCGAGCAAGGCGGCAACAGUGACGGCCAAACAAAGAAGACCAAGCUGAGUCGCCUUAAAGCGUUCUCCGGACUCGGCCAGCUCCUCGCGGGCAGUGAAAUUCACAUGGUUUUGACGCUCAACAGCGUUCUCGACGUGCCUUGUGUGCCGGGCAGUGGAUGCGAUCUGAACAUCAUUCCCGCCAAGAUGGUUGAGCAGCUCAAGCAGAAGAUGCCCGACCUUCAAGUCAUCAACUUGGACCAACCUCAGCUUGGCGUGGCUGUGGGCAAGACGACGUUGCAGCUGGACAAGAAGGUUCAGUUGCGUCUGCAGCUCCAUACGGCUGCCAGUCCCGUCAAUGUGCCUGGUUUGCAAGCGUGUUACGUUGCCGACGAAGGCGACGAGUUUCUGGUGUCGAACGACGUGCUGGUGAUGCUCGGCAUCGAUCUCAAACGCCUCCUCGAGCAAGUGGCCGGCGUGCUUUUGAAGAUCCGUGAGAUCAAGGCAGUACGGCUCAACCAGACAUUGUGGGAGCGGUUCACGUCGAUCGCGACGGAUGCCCCCGCGGUCGCUCAACGGUUUGCGGAGCAAGCCACGGACGCCCGAGCGCGGGAUGGUUUGGCUGAUGAGCUCCGGUAA